AUGACAUCUAAGCAUCUGCUCCUUCUCUUCCUUCUGGCCUGCCUGUGGUUCCUGGCUGUCUACUGCCACCUGGCUGAGGAAGAGAAAUGGAGUAAGGACAAGGGUCUGGGGAGAAACUCUACCAUGAACCUGCCUGACUCUCCUUCAGUCUCCAUCGUGGCACUGAACAAAAAAUCCAAGAAGAUCAUCAGGAAAGAGAUAGAAACCAAGAAAUCUUCUGAGAAAACGGCCCUGGUGAAGAAGAAUCCUCGGCCCCCACCUCCAGCCAACUGUGUGGCCACCUGGUCCAACUGCCAGCCUCUGGCGCGGCCUUGCUGCCACCCGUGCGCUAUGUGCCACUGCCGCUUCUUUCGCAGCGUCUGCUCCUGCCGCCUGUUCCGGCCCAGAUGUUGAACUCCAAGUGCCCUGGAGGGGAGACGCUAGGGAACCUCCUCUCAGGGGCCUCCAAGGCUUCACCCAGGGUUGCUCCACCCUGACCUGCUCAAGCAGGACCCCACAGCGCCAGAAGCCCAGUUAUGCCUCCCCUAUGCUCACUUCUAAGUAGCCUCCCCCUGGAUGUAGCUGCUGUCUCAGCCUCAUCUCAGGGCCCUGAAUUCAAACAGAGAAGCUCCCAAGAUGGCAGGGAAAACGGGGGUAAUCCUGCCCCAAAUUGUGACAGUAACAGUGUCUGGUUUCAGGCCUGAAGUUUUGUGCCCUUUGUCCCUUUCACCCCCAUUGUCCCUCCUCGCAAACUCUUGUAUUUGGAUUGGGUAUCUUAUCCCUCAUCCUAAGGUGUAUGUGGCUGAUAGCUUCAAGAGCUGCCGGCUGUCAGGGAUUCCUGUUUUACUAUGAUCAUUUCAUUCCCAAACUGAGAAACCCUGAACAGCUCCCUCCUGCCUACAGGAUAAGGUCCAAACUCCUCAGUUUGUCUUACAAGGCUGUAUCCCACCUAUCCCCCAAUUUCCAGAUGUCUAAAGCUCCCCAAUACUUUUCCCAUCCUCUAGUCAAACUAAAUCAACCAAUCUUCUACGUUUUCCACCUUUCCUCUUGCUCCUCCUCUAGAAAGCCUCUUCAUCCUACCAGUCCCAUCUAAGGUGUCACCCCCUCCAGGAAGCCUUUCUUGAUUUCCCUCAACCACACCUCCCUGCCCCCCAAGCUGGAAGUGGUCUCUUGUUCCCAGAAACGUAUUUCUUCUAUAGCCUGGAUCACUUCUUGUCCUGUAUUAUUCUAUUUGUGUAUAUAGUUUAUCUCCCUACUAGACUGUGAGCUCCUUGUGGGCAGAGACUACAUCUUAUUCAUAUUCAUUUCCUAUAAUGCCCAACACAUAGCACUCCUUCAAUAAAUGUUAUAUUGAAUUGACAGUGUAAUGACUUUCUACUUGUAGAGUUUAAGGACAUCCACUGGAAUCCAAAGUCACUCCCCAUUCAUUAUGGCAGCCUGACUUUCCCUGCCUUUAAAAUAAAAGCAUGGUGGGGAGGGUUAAAGGAGAUAAUUUCUAAGGUUCCUCCCAGCUCUGAUAAUCUGUGAAAUCUGCAAAAAAGUCUGGUCAGGGAAGGAGACAAAACUAAUGUUUGUUGGCCCAAGAGCCAGAUAAAACUCCCACAACAUUGCCUUAGGAAACAUUUUUCAGCUAUUCAAAAUGACCACAAGCAGUAUAGACUAACUCACAAGGUAGUGAGCUCACCACUGAAGGCCUGGAUGAUCAUGUUAAGAAUGUCUGCAGGGGAGGGAAGCCCUGAGAAGAGCAUUGGAUCUGAACACAGGAGAUCUGGAUUCAAAUUCUGACUGCCCCUUAUGACCCAGAAUAGCAGCAUUUAUUAGCAUGCCAGCUAUCGAUUUACAAAACCCAAGGUCAAACCCCAGCUCUGCCACCUACAACCUAUGACUGUUGGCCACCUUCCCUCUCUUGUCCCCACUUUCCUCCUCUGUAGGGAACUGGAUUAGAGAUCUUUAAAUCCCCUUUCAGUUCAAAAUCUUUUAAGGAUGAACUGAACACAUGAGUUCCCUUUCAUUUCUGGAAAUACCUGGAGUGUGAUGUGCAAUUGUGUGGUCACCACAUUUUUAAAAAGACCAUUAAUAAACUACACAGCACCCAAAAGUGGGCAGGCAAGAUGGAGGGGCUCUUCAAGUCCACGUCAUCUGAGGAUCUAUGGAAGACACUGAUGUAUGGCCUGAAGAAAGGGCUCAGACUCGUCUUCAAGUAUUAAAAAGGCUGUCACAUGUAAGACGGAUUGAUUAGAUUUCUUUGGUCCCACAGGGACCCCAAAAAGCAGAACUAGGAGCAACAUGUAGGAGCUACAGGGAAGCAAAUUUAGGCUGUUCUAAGAAGAAAAGUUCCUAAUAAUUAGUUAUUAAA